AUGUCAGACACUAUAGCAGAGAUUCCUUUGGCAGACGAUAUUGCCUUGCAACGUUCUAAUCAGUUCAGUGAAUUUCUCGAAUACGAUGGUCAUGCCAAUGAAAAAGGUGCUUAUAAAGAUCAGAUCCCUGCCAUGUUGGAAAACAAGCAACGUCGUCUUAUGGUCAGUAUUGAUGCCCUUCGUCAAUGGAAUCGUGAACUUGCCAUGGAAUUGAUGAACAACCCAGCCGAGUGCUUACCUGCUUUUGAUUCUGCUCUUGUUCAAAUGGCCAGAACCAUCAGUGACAAGUACGAUCCUAGCAAACCUCUCUAUGUAGGAUUCAAGGGUAGUUUUGGUGAUCAUCAUGUCAAUCCUCGUACCUUGCGUGCUACUUUUUUGGGCAAAUUUGUCUGUAUUGAAGGUAUUGUUACGCGCUGUUCCUUGGCGCGUCCUAAAGUAGUGAAAUCGAUUCAUUAUGCUGAAAAGACCAAGAGUUUCUAUAUGCGUGAAUACCGUGAUGCUACUACACCCGGUAACUCGGUGCCUACAGGUGCUGUCUAUCCUACCCAAGACGAGCAUGGUAAUCCUCUGAUCACUGAAUUUGGUUUCAGUACUUACCGCGAUCACCAGACGAUCAGUAUUCAAGAAAUGCCUGAGCGUGCACCUGCAGGACAAUUGCCUCGUUCGGUCGAUAUCAUCCUGGACGAUGAUUUAGUAGACAAGGCUAAACCUGGUGAUCGUGUCUCUAUUGUGGGCAUUUAUCGUAGUUUAGGUAACCGCAAUGCCAACCAAAGCAGCUCAACAUUCAAAACGGUCAUUUUGUGUAAUGAGAUCAGUCUGUUAAGUACAAAAGCAGGUGGAGGUAUUGCUGCUCCUGUCAUUACAGACCGUGAUAUUGUCCAGAUCACUGAAUUGGCACGUAAGAAGAACGCGUUUAAAACGUUGGCUGAGUCCUUGGCUCCUUCUAUCUGGGGACAUCAAUACAUUAAGCGUGCUGUGUUGAUGAUGUUGUUGGGUGGUGUUGAAAAGAACUUGGAGAAUGGUACACAUAUCAGAGGUGAUAUUAACAUGUUGAUGGUGGGUGAUCCUUCUACUGCUAAAUCACAAAUCUUGAGAUAUGUCCUGAACAUUGCUCCUUUGGCUAUUGCUACCACUGGUCGAGGUUCUUCUGGUGUUGGUCUGACAGCAGCAGUCACGACAGAUAAAGAAACAGGCGAACGACGUCUUGAAGCAGGUGCCAUGGUAUUAGCUGACCGUGGUGUAGUUUGUAUUGAUGAGUUUGACAAGAUGAGUGAUGUGGAUCGUGUGGCUAUUCAUGAAGUGAUGGAACAACAGACAGUGACUAUUGCUAAGGCUGGUAUUCAUACCUCUCUAAAUGCUCGCUGUAGUGUCGUGGCUGCUGCUAAUCCUAUCUAUGGUAUGUAUGACUUGACUAAGGAUCCUGCCAAGAAUAUUGCUCUUCCUGACUCUCUCUUGUCUCGUUUUGAUCUGUUGUUUAUUGUGACUGAUUCAUUGGAAGAAACAAGAGAUAGACAGAUUUCUGAGCAUGUAUUAAAGAUGCAUCGUUAUGUUCAACCUGGUGCAGAAGAAGGUGCUCCUAUAACAGAAGCAGUGGAUGAUAUGAUGGGAGAUGGACCUGAAGAUGAAGAAGAGCAAUUAGAAGAGCAAGAUAUUUAUGAGAAAUACAAUGCGUUUAUGCAUGCUGGUGUUAAGUCACAAAAAGUCAUCAAGACAUCCUUCUUAAAGAAAUACAUUUACUAUGUCAAGAAUAUUGUGAAGCCUACCUUGACUAAGAAAGCCACGGAUAGAAUUAUUAAUGAAUACACGUCACUUAGAAAUCAUAAAGAAGAUGAUCCUUCACGUAAAAAGACAGCACCUAUUACAGCGCGUACAUUAGAAACCUUGAUUCGUUUAUCCACAGCACACGCAAAGGCAAGAUUGAGUACAACAAUUGAUGAUAAAGAUGCUAAGGCAGCUGCUGAAGUAUUGAGAUUUGCCAUGUUCCAAGAAGUGGUGCGUCCUCGAAAGACAACAAAGCGUCAAAGAAUGUCCAAGGAAUCAGAUGAAGAAGAAGAAGAAGAAGAAGAAGAAGGCAUGGAGGAAGAUGAUGCUAUGGAAGAAGUUGAACAACAACCUAUUGAAUUGGAAACAAACAGUGAUGAUAUUUCACCUGCUAAAUUCACCUUGUUUAAAGAGAGAUUGAGUCGAUACUUUAAUGAACAAAAUCGCUUGGAAUAUGCUUUUGAUGAUGUUUUCAUGGCUGUCAAUCAAGAUGCAACACAAGAAUUCAGCCCAGAUGAAGUCUUUACUGCUUUAACAAGGAUGUCAGACGAUAACCAAAUCAUGUACAAUGAUGGUGUUGUCUAUAUGCUUUAACUUAUUUAAAAACAUAAUAUAUACACUCUAGAUAAUCAUGAUUU